CGAUCCGCGUCCCCGAAGCGUGGCUGCGAGGCGAGCGGCGGAGCAAGUCUCGGGGCUUCGGGCGGGGAGGCUGGUGCUUCGGAAGGGCUGCAAGAGGAAGAAGCCUAAGAAGAGGACGCCUCUGGAGAGGAGACGGAGAAAGCGGAGGAGAAAGCGGAGGAGAGCGGGAGACGCCGCAGCCUGCGCCGGGGAGCGAUGCCUCCUGCCCGGGGCCGGGGAGCUGCUGGCCCCGGCGCGCUCGUCCUGCUCCUGCUGGGCGUCUGCAGCCCCGGACUGUGCCGCGCAGGGAUUGAAUAUGGAGAAGUGCUUCCAGAUUCCUUCCCAUCAGCCCCUGCGGAAUCCCUUCCCCACUUCCUGCUGGAGCCACAAGAUGCCUACAUUGUGAAGAACAAGCCUGUGGAGUUGAUCUGCAGGGCCAACCCGGCCACACAGAUAUACUUCAAGUGUAACGGCGAGUGGGUGAAUCAGAACGAUCAUCUCACAGCAGAGAGCUUGGAUGAAGUCACUGGGCUCCUUGUAAGAGAAGUCCAGAUCGAAGUUUCUCGACAGCAGGUGGAGGAACUCUUUGGCUUAGAAGACUAUUGGUGUCAGUGUGUGGCGUGGAGCUCAGCUGGGACCACCAAAAGUCGACGGGCUUAUGUCCGAAUAGCAUACCUACGGAAGAACUUUGACCAGGAGCCCCUUGGGAAAGAGGUGCCACUGGAUCAUGAAGUCCUUCUGCAGUGCCGUCCACCUGAGGGAGUGCCGACAGCUGAGGUGGAGUGGCUGAAGAAUGAGGAUGUGAUCGACCCUUCCCGGGACACCAACUUCCUGAUCACCAUCGACCACAACCUCAUCAUCAAGCAGGCGAGGCUCUCCGACACCGCCAACUACACCUGUGUGGCCAAGAACAUCGUCGCCAAACGGCGGAGCACCACUGCCACAGUCAUUGUCUAUGUGAAUGGUGGCUGGUCUACCUGGUCAGAGUGGUCCCCGUGCAGCAACCGCUGUGGCCGUGGGUGGCAGAAACGCACCCGGACCUGCACCAACCCAGCGCCUCUCAAUGGUGGUUCCGUCUGUGAUGGGCAAUCCUUCCAAAAGCUUGCCUGUACCACAAUGUGCCCAGUUGACGGAGCAUGGACCGAGUGGAGCAAGUGGUCGGCCUGUAGCACGGAGUGCACGCACUGGAGGAGCAGGGAAUGCACGGCCCCCCCUCCCAGAAACGGCGGGAAGGACUGCAGCGGAGUGCUGCUGGACUCCAAAAACUGCACCGAUGGGCUCUGUAUGCAAAAUAAAAGAUUUGUAGGCGAACCCAAAAGUCACCUCCUGGAGGCUACUGGCGAUGUGGCCUUGUAUGCCGGACUCGUGGUGGCCAUCUUUGUCUUCGUCGUCAUCCUAAUGGCGAUCGGAGUGGUGGUGUACAGGCGCAGCUGCCGGGACUUUGACACCGACAUAACGGACUCUUCAGCCGCUCUGACAGGAGGUUUCCACCCCGUCAACUUCAAGACUUCCAGACAUGACACUCCCCAGUUGCUGCACCCUUCAAUGCAGCCCGACCUGACAGCCAACGCGGGCAUCUACCGUGGGCCCAUGUACGCCUUGCAAGAUUCCUCCGACAAGAUCCCGAUGACCAACUCUCCCUUGCUUGACCCACUUCCUAAUCUCAAGAUCAAAGUAUAUAAUUCCUCCACUGCAUCAUCCUCUCCCGGGAUGCACGAGGGGGCAGACCUGCUAGGAGCCAUGCCCCCAGGCACCUUCCCAGGGGAAAACCUCAGGGAUAACCAUUUCAUGAACCUAAGGAAUAAGACCAUGGGCUCUCAGCAGCUCCUGACCCUGCCUCGGGAGCCUGGGAACAGUGCCACUGGGACGUUUGGCUGCCUGGGAGGAAGACUCACCAUCCCCGGGACAGGGGUGAGUCUGUUGGUGCCACAUGGAGCCAUUCCUCAAGGGAAAUUCUACGAAAUGUACCUGAUGAUCAACAAAACAGAAAACAGUCUCUUGCCCUCGGAAGGCACACAGACGGUGCUGAGUCCCGUGGUGACCUGCGGGCCCACAGGGCUGCUCUUAUCCCGCCCCGUCAUCCUGACUGUGCCACACUGUGCAGACGUCAGUUCUCCAGACUGGAUGCUGCAGCUGAAAACUCAUUCCCACCAAGGAAACUGGGAGGAAGUUGUAACUCUGGACGAGGAGACUUUAAACACUCCCUGCUACUGCCAGCUGGAAGCCAAGUGCUGCCACAUUCUUCUCGAACAGCUCGGAACAUACGUCCUCGUGGGAGAGUCCUGCUCUCGGUCAGCCAUCAAGAGACUUCAGCUCGCCAUCUUUGCUCCCACCUUCUGUACCUCUUUGGAGUACAACCUGAAAGUCUACUGCCUGGAGGACACGCCAGAUGCCCUGAAGGAAGUGCUUGAAUUAGAAAGAACCCUUGGUGGCUACCUGUUGGAAGAACCCAAACCCCUCCUGUUCAAGGACAGCUAUCACAACUUGCGCCUCUCUGUCCAUGACAUCCCUCACUCACUGUGGAGAAGCAAACUCCUGGCAAAAUACCAGGAGAUCCCUUUCUAUCACAUCUGGAGUGGCAGCCAGCGGGCGCUGCACUGCACCUUCACCCUGGAGAGAUACAGCCCAGCUUCCACGGAGCUCACCUGCAAGAUCUGCGUGCGGCAGGUGGAAGGGGAAGGGCAGAUAUUCCAGCUUCAUGUUACACUUGGAGAGAGUUCCAGUUCCUUUGAUGCCUUGUGUUCCUACCCUGGCAGCACCCUGACAACUCAGCUGGGGCCACAUGCCUUCAAGAUCCCUCUGUCCAUACGGCAGAAAAUCUGCAACAGCCUUGAUGCCCCCAACUCCAGAGGAAACGAUUGGCGACUCCUGGCUCAGAAACUUUCCAUGGACCGGUAUCUGAAUUUCUUUGCCACCAAAGCCAGCCCAACAGGAGUGAUCCUGGACUUGUGGGAAGCCCAGCACCAAGAUGACGGGGAUCUUAACACUCUGGCCAGUGCCUUGGAAGAGAUGGGCAAGAGUGAGAUGCUGGUUGUCAUGGCAACAGAGGGGGACUGCUGAUGCAGCUCCUCAGGAAGACUUCCAGCAGUGGCCGAGUGGAAGAGGGAGUGAGAAAGGGAGAGAAAAAGGAGGGAGCAGCCCUCUUGGAACUGACCGGGGGGAAAUGAUUGUGAAGAAGAAACAGAACCAUAGCUUAACUCGGAAGGCUUCAUCUUGGAUUUCUUCUCCUUCUCACACUCCUCCCUCCUGAAAUCACAAUCAGCCUUAGAGAUCCACAUUGCGCAGUUUACAAGCAAUCCAAGUGUUAAAAGAUUCCUUCCUCCUUCUCCUCACAGCCUUUGGAUUCAGGCACAAAAGCAAUGUAUCAUUGCUAGCCGGGACCGCGGCCCUUGGAAGCAGGGGCCUCCUUCACUUCUGCUGCCUCUCAUGAGGCUUACAAGGGCUGCUGGGAUCUGGGUUAGGGUUUGGUUUUUGUUUGGUUUUUGCUUUUGCUUUUCCCUGCCUUUCUCUCUGCUCCCAUUUCCCACUUGGUUUUCUCUUAUUUCUUCUUUACUGCAAUUUAUGCUUUGAAGAGUCGAGCACAAUCUAGAAAAACUGUUUAGUCCUGUCAAGAGCGUUGAACAGCUUAAGACACACACACAAAAGGAAAAGGAAAAAAAGGAAGACAGUUUCUUAGGAAACGCAAGUAAUUUAUUAUCCAAAUCUUUGGAUGUGUCCUUUUUAAAAAAAAAUGUAUGUAAGAAAUUUUCAUGUAUGUGAGAGCAAGAGUAUCAUGGCACCCAAGAGAGAGAGGGGGGCAGUUUGCAUAUAACAAAAAGCUACCAUCGGUGAAUUUCUCUGAAUUUCUCUUGUCAUGUGGCUGCCAUUUUGAAAAUGCAAGGACCAGUGGGAAUGCACCAUAACUUCUUGAGCCAGGUAAAAGUGGGUUGUUGGGGCAAUUGACAAGCCACCCAGAACCCAUGGGCUCUUUGCGGGUUGUUCGUGGUUUGUCAAUCAUUUUAACAACCAACCCACAUCAGGUGCAUUUAUAACAAAAAGCUAUGGGGUACCCCUGUCAGACCCCAAAUAUUAAAAAUAGUGACUAUCACAAUGAGCAGCCCCACAGGGAAAUUCAUCCUUCAUGGCUUCUAGUUACAUGUGAACCAGGUCAGAGAGAGAGAGAGGGCGCGCAUUUUAGUGAAAAUUAAAAAUCUAAUUAUGUGGUCCUUUGUGGAACUGGUUGAGCUAGGCUUGGUGAUAUGGAAAUUUAAAGGGCAAAAUCUAUCCCCUCUUGAACAUUUUAUUUGAAUUUUCUUUCAACUAGAACAGACUAAUGGUCAGUGUGUUACAAGGCCACAAAAUCCAUUCACACCCACAUACCAAGGAAUAAGCCCUACUGGACUCAAUGGGACCCAUCUUCUAAAUAGACAUAUUAUGAUUUUGUUGCAAGGGGAAUUAUGUGGCGCUUUCUUGAAAGAGCAAUACAAUUUGCACUUUUUCCAGUCUCCCUCUGCAAAGGGUUGUGCAGUGCCCAGGUAUCCUGACCAAAUAGCCCUCCAUGUUUUCUCCUCAUGUGUUUGGAGCCACCAUUCAUUGUAUGGCUUACUUGUCUUACAGCAGGGCUGGGGGACCUGAGUCCCCUAGAUGGAGUUGUUGGACUCCCAGUCCCAUUUUCCCCAUCCAGAAAGCCAGUGGUUAAGAACGGUGGGAUCUGUAAAGCCAGAGAUUCCCCCAUCUCAGUCUUCGUGGGCUCCAGUGGAGUCAAUUCAGCAAAACAAAGCUCAUUAGAAGAAUACCUCCAGGCCAGAAUCAAAAUAGCUCUGUUAGUCCAAAAAGAUUUGCAUAUGCCCAGAAGGGCUUUUGAUGGGGUGAAAGAAACAGCAUCCAUCCUCUGAUGCCAAGUGGACCAGGAAGAUUCAUUUGAAAGCUCUCCUCUGGGAAGCAGCAGGUACAAGGACCCAGUGUUAGGCACGUCCUUCUCUAGAUUGUGCUCUUGAGGUCUUUUUAGAUAUUAGAGCUUGCAGCCGCCUUGAAAUGUUCUCUGUUUCUGCAGAUCUGCAUCUGAGUGCUUUGGGGGCAAAGUGAGCUGUUUAAAGAGGCCUUUUCUGCCACCUUCUGCUUAAUGCAAUCCCUGCCUGACAACUGCGCACAGUUUGAGACUGUGUGUCCUCACUAAGGUGAUGCAGGGACAGUGGUCAUGGACAACCGAUCUGGACACAGGGUGUGUAAAGUGGGAAAGGUAAACUGGCUGGACAAACCAGUCAUUAAAGGGAAGCCAUUUUAAAUCCAUGGGACAAUCUCUAGCAUAUUUUUACAGCACGUUUUGGAUAUUUGAAACAAAUUCUAGAAUCCAGAGACUUUAGCAAUACGUACACUUCCAUGCUUCAGUCCAUUUACUACACUCAAUACAGAAGAGAUAUGUUUGCAGUGAGUUCACCACCUAUUCCCACGGUGAGCUUUUUUAGAAAAAGACAUUUGUCCCUCAGAUAUUAUAAUAUUUUCUAAGGGAACAUGUGGUGGACACACUAUAAACAUUUUUAUUUUUAAUUGUAUGGAACUGCAUUGGGAUUAUCUGACAUGUUGUUUUACCUAAGCAUGAAGAAAUGGUCCUGGUGCAUUUUUUGCUAUUGCAGAUAAACUGUCUGGAUAUCAGAUAUCCCCCAGUAGCUAAAACUCUCCUAUGAGCUGUCCUUUAAUCCCAGAAUAGCCACCCUUUAGGCAC